AUCUAUGAGGGAUUUCACAUACCAAAAGGUCCAGCAUCCCAUCUGUGACGUGUGAAAAAAGGUUUGUCUAAUAUACUUAUUUGAAGGAGCGACAGUGAUUCCAAAUGUAUGGGCAAUGUCACGAAACGAGGCGCAGUACCCGAAUGCCUCAGAAUUUGUACCAGAACGCUUUUUUAAACCUGAUGGCAAGCUCAACGUCGACGCCACUUCAUAUAUUUUUGGAUUCGGCCGACGUGUUUGUGCUGGCCAACACGUAGCUAAUGCAGCCGUCUGGAUAGCCAUAGUCUCCUGUGUUCAAAUUUACCAAAGCAACUGAUAAUCAAGGGAAUGAGAUCAAUAUCGAGCCACAAUGGACACCUGGAGCAGCGAUUCGUCCGCGCGCGUUUCCGUGUCGCAUUGAGCCACGGUUGCAAGGCAUGACCAUCGCAAAACUGAAUGAAAUGAUCAGUCUUCUUGCUUGAUAUCAAAUCUAAUUUGUGGUGUUUCGUUCAAUUCUCAUUUUCUCUCUCAAAGACGCAUGUAUAUUAUACAACAAUUAGUGUCUCAUAAAGCACGCUGGCCAACUAAAUACUCUUUGGUCUUU